AUGGCUGAGAGAUAACCUGGCCUCAUCUCCCACGCGACGGAGUAUAUUGAACCGUUCUUUCACUCCGCUCUCUCCUCGCCUGCAUUUCCAGUGGGUUUCUGGAUCUUGCCAGUAGAGCACUCCAUUCCCUUCUACAAGCUCCAUGUCCGCCACCCUUCAGCUUAUCCAGCUGUGAUAAGUUUCGACGGAGGCGAUAUUUUCGCCGGCCAAACGCCGCAAAGAUGUCUUCCAAGGACUACAAUUAUGAUGAACAGGGCCAAUUCUUUCCCUUCUUUAUCCUUACCCUCACCGGCCUCGUUACCCUUCCGCUCACUUAUACGCUUCUUAAACCUGUCAAAGGACUAGAAACCUCCGCGCCGCGGAUACAGUCUGAUUUCAAGCCCCACCAUGCCAGUCUUAUUGAGGGUCAAAAGCAGAAGCUUUUGCGCAAAGAACGUCGGAUAAAACGCAUAAUCACAGUCUUUGCGGGUUAUGCAAUAAUGGCAUACAUGAUAUAUCUCAUUAUCGUCACCCAGAGAACCAUACCGAAGAUAUGGGAUCCUUAUGAUAUAUUGGGAAUUUCGCGGAGCGCCGAUGAACGAGCUAUUAGUCGGCAUUAUAAGCGGCUUUCGAUGAAAUACCAUCCGGAUAAGAUUAAACCUGAUCCUGCUAAGAAUGAAACCCUCGAAAUGUUAAACGAUCGCUUCGUCGAGUUGACCAAGGCGUACAAGGCUCUGACUGACGAGGAGAUUCGAAAUAACUAUCUCCAAUAUGGCCACCCCGAUGGAAAACAGAGCUUUAGCAUUGGUAUUGCUCUACCUCAAUUCAUUGUUACCGAAGGAAACGGCAAAUAUGUGCUCCUCGUUUACGGUCUUGUGCUUGGGGUGUUGUUACCGUAUAUUGUCGGGAAGUGGUGGUACGGUUCUCAGCGAUAUACCAAGGACAAAGUCCUUGUUGCCAGCGCUGGAAAUAUCUUCCGAGAAUAUAAACCGAGUUUAGGCGUUGGUGGAAUAAUCGGUGCCCUCAGCGCCGGGGAGGAAUUUAACCAGAUGCUCGCAAACGACCAGGCCCAUUCUGGAUUAGCAACCGUAGAGCAGAAGAUAUUGACGGAAGCUGAUUCAGGCGCUCUUGUAGCCGGAUUAUCCGCGAAAGAUCGCAAAGCGUUAAGUGAACUGGAUGAUGAAAGGAGAAGGAAGGUGCUGGCCCUACUAUGGGCUUAUCUUGGAAGAGUUGAUCUUGAUAAUCCCACCCUUGAUACUGAAAAGUAUGAGGUCGCUCCUAUUGCCAUUUCUCUUAACGAUGCAUUUACAUCGAUUUCGCUUUCAUUCGGCAAUCUACUGCCCAUCCUUGGCUCAUUACAUGCAUCGCAGCAUAUCAUACAAGCUGUACCGCCAGGCUCAUCUCCUCUUCUCCAAUUACCAUAUUUCACGCCUAAAGUAAUUCGAAAUAUUGAAGGCGAGCACUCGAAGAAUCAUAUGUCUAUCCAGAGAUACAUGAAUUUAUCGGAAGAUUCACGAAGGAAGCUUACAAUCGGUCCUGGGCUGCUUACAGAAAAACAGUAUCAAACAGCAGUGUCGGUUGUGAAACAAAUUCCCGCCUUUGAAGUUUCCAAAGCAUUUUUCAAGGUAGUUGGAGAGAAAGUUGUCACGCCUAGCAGUCUUGUUCAGCUUGUCGUUAAAGGCCGUUUCAUCCCGCCUGGUUACACGAAUGUCCCCGAAGUCAAUGAACUUGAACUUGAGGACAUCGAUUCAGACGAAGAGGAUUCUGACGCUGUGAUGGGCCGUAAAGGAGCAAAGCCCAAGACGUCCAAGCCUGCGAAGCAAGAAGAAGAAGAAAUUCAACCACCUCUCGCACAUGCUCCCUAUUUUGCUCGUGAUCAUUCACCCCGGUGGCACAUUUUCCUUGCAGACGUCAAAGCAGAUAGAAUGGCUGUACCUCCAUUUACCUUCACGACUUUCGACAAGCCUAUAUUCGAUGAGAAAGGAAACCCCACGUUCAAUAUGCAAACCUUGAAGAUGCAAUUUCAAGCUCCACCUCAAAUUGGAAACUUCCCAUUUACUUUAUAUGUUGUCUGUGAUAGUUACAUUGGAUUUGACACCUGGAGGGACGUUGUCCUGGAGGUUGAAGGUUUCGCCAAAGCAGCACAGUUGGCGGAGGAUGAUGAAAUUAGCGAACCUGAUGAAGAUUCGCUUGCAGGUCAAAUGCAGGCUCUUAAAACCGGGCAAGCACCGGCUCCAAGGAAAAAGCGACCCGCCAAAGACGAAUCUAGCGAAGAAGAUGAGAGCGAUACGGAAGGCGACGUGGAUGAUGAUACCAGCGCCACUGACACAGAGACAGACACAGAUGGAGAAUAGCCGCGAACAAAAAGGCCGGAUUGUAUAUUUAAUUGAGCGAGGUCGUCCCAUGAGACGCUCUAUAUCCCAGUCUUUGUCGCUUUCUUUCUUACGAGCUUAUUAAUGGCGGACAUAUUAUAGAACUUCUUUUUAUCUCGGUCGCGUUGCGAUUCUCCUCCGUGUGUUUAGGGGGCUGUCUGUCUUCCGGUUAUAAGCAUCCAUGGGCAAAUUUUUUUAAGCUGUGCUUUGCCGGAUGAAUUAACCACAGGGAUAAAUUUAGCAUCAUGAUGAAAAUCCCAUAUCUGAAUCACCUUUUUUGUGAAUUGUGAUUUCUGGGGCCCGAAAGGAGGCGAAAAUGGGAAAGUACAAAAUCGUUGGCCAUAUCGGAUGGGCAUGAUCUGGUUUGUAGAGGCUAAUUGGAGAUACUCCUCUAUUCCCGCAUUUGCAAUGUUAUAGGAGAGGAAGAUUUCAGAAACAAUUGAGACAAUGUGGUACAGCAU